GCAAUUCCAACCAUUCGCGCCUUCCGCAACGGUCAGAACCCCGUCCAAGAGCACCUGACCCUCGACAUCACCUGCUUCGCGAAACCUUCACUGGUGCUUACGACUUGUCAAUCUUCGACAUUGUUGCGCAUUGCGACCGCUCCAAUUCCACCCAAAUAUCCAGCUGUAUACGAAAUCCAUCCUCCGCAACUCAGUAAACAGCUACAUUGGCUACCGUGUCGUGCUUGCGGUAGCAUCCUGGCAGGCACGCGUGACCCCGAGUAAGAGACCAAAGGAUGUCGCAGAAUAGACCAUCGGCCUUCUCGGGCCUCAGAAUGGGCGAGGUGAUUCGCGAGAAAGUGCAGGAUGGCUUGACGGGCGAAACCAGGGAGAUGCAGUACACCCAGUGUAAGAUCGUGGGCAAUGGGUCUUUCGGUGUCGUCUUCCAAACCAAGCUAUCUCCUUCCGGAGAAGAUGCGGCCAUCAAGCGGGUCCUGCAAGACAAGCGCUUCAAGAACAGAGAACUGCAAAUCAUGCGCAUUGUCCGACAUCCUAACAUUGUCGAGCUCAAAGCAUUCUACUACAGCAACGGUGACAGGAAAGAUGAAGUAUACCUCAAUCUGGUGCUCGAAUAUGUGCCAGAAACGGUGUAUCGGGCCUCGAGACACUUUAACAAGCUGAAGACGACAAUGCCGAUCCUCGAAGUGAAGUUAUACAUCUACCAGCUUUUCCGCUCACUCGCCUACAUCCACUCGCAGGGCAUUUGCCACAGAGACAUCAAACCGCAGAAUCUGCUGCUCGACCCAGCUUCCGGCAUCUUGAAGUUAUGCGAUUUUGGAAGUGCGAAGAUCUUGGUUGAAAACGAGCCAAAUGUGUCCUACAUAUGCUCGCGGUAUUAUCGUGCGCCGGAGCUGAUCUUUGGCGCAACUAACUACACUACGAAAAUUGAUGUGUGGUCGACUGGCUGCGUAAUGGCAGAAUUGAUGCUUGGGCAACCCCUUUUCCCAGGUGAAUCUGGCAUCGACCAGCUUGUGGAGAUCAUCAAAGUGCUUGGAACGCCGACGCGCGACCAAAUACGCACCAUGAACCCGAAUUACAUGGAGCACAAAUUCCCGCAGAUCAAGCCGCAUCCAUUCAGCAAGGUGUUCCGUAAGGCGGAUCCGAACGCGAUCGACCUGAUCUCGAGGUUGCUGGAAUACACGCCAACGCAGCGUCUGUCUGCCAUCGAAGCGAUGGUACACCCAUUCUUCGACGAGCUUCGAGACCCGAACACGAGGCUGCCGGACUCGCGCCAUUCGAAUGGCCCUAACAAGGAGAUGCCGAACUUGUUCGACUUCUCGCAUCAUGAGCUGUCAAUUGCACCGCAUCUGAACCAACAGCUCGUGCCAGCGCAUAUGCGCUCGGUGCUGGCAGCUAAGGGCCUCGACAUUGAGAACCUAACACCGCUGACAAGAGAUCAAAUGAUGGCCCGGUUAGAUUGAGACUGAAUGCGCGCGACUAUUUUCUCAACGCACCUCAGUCUCCAGCACGAGCACACCGUCACGAUGUCACGCAGCGAUGCAUUGGUUCUUGGAAGCUGAUGCGUAGCAUGGAGUUAGUGGACUUGGCGUCACCGGCGCUUGAGCGAUCGAGUGGCGAAAUACACUUGAAAGGGACGUGGUAAUACUCGUCCUUCCUCAUCCUGUAAAUGCAUUCUCUCGACGAGCAAAGUUGAGCUUCAAAUCAGCGGUUGUGUCGCGGCGCGCAA